CAUAUAUCCGCUUCCACUCCAAUAACUGCUUUACAUUACGAACAUGGCUGCCCCUCCCACCAUCCCCAAGACCCAGCUCGCCGUCCUCGUCGGUCCCAAGGAGCGCAGGCUCGAGAUGAUCCCAGUCGGCGUUCCAGGCCCCGACGAGGUCCUGAUCAAGAACAUUGCGGUGGCGUCUAACCCCAAGGAUUGGAAGGUUCCGCAGUGGAUCUACGAUGCGGACGAGGCGUAUGUGGAGGGCAACGAUGUGGCGGGGACGAUCGUGGCGGUAGGAAAGGACGUGAGCGAGUAUGAGGUCGGCGCGCGUGUGGCGGCGUUCACGAAAAUGCGGACGAAGUGGGAUAAGAUGGGGCCGGAGGAUAACAAGUACGGCGCCUACCAGCAGUACACCGUCUCUCCUGCGCAUGUUACUUUCCCCAUUCCCGACAACAUCUCGUUCGAGGAGGCGGCGACGCUGCCCCUCGCUGUCAUGACCGCAGCCAUCGGCUUGUUCGUUAGCUUGGCCGUUCCCGCGCCUGGUACUCCGGAGGCAGCUUCCAACGCAGGCAAGGCCAUCAUUGUCAACGGUGCUGCGUCCUCGGUUGGCGCUUUUGCUGUCCAGCUGGCGAAGCGCGCGGGUCUCUACGUCGUCGCGACGGCCGGCUCCUCGAAGGACUACGCGAAAGAGCUCGGCGCGGACGUGGUUGUCGACUACCGCGAAUAUAAGGGCGAUGCGAUAAUCGACGCCCUCGUCGCCGCAGUCGGAGGGCGGCCCAUCGCCUGGGCCUCCGACGCCGUCUCCGAUUACGGCUCCGCCCUCAUGCUCGCCCGCACGCUCGCGAGGCUCACCAAGUCCGGCGCAGUGACGACUGUGCUUCCCGCGCCCGAGAACGAGGAGAAGCAGUUUCCGGCGGGCAUUUUGCAUGCGCCGAUGAUGGUUGGCACGGCGCAUUUCGAGGAUGCAAAGUUCGCUGCUGAAUGGUACCGCAAGAUUUCGCGCUGGCUGGCGGAUGGGUCGUUCAAGCCGAACCGCCCGAAAGUCCUGCCUCGUGGUCUCGAGAGCGUGGCGCACGGUCUUGAGCUGCUGGAGACCGGGAACGUGCAUGCAGAGAAGCUUGUGUAUCGUAUUGCGGACACGCCCAGCUUGAAGGCGUAAGAAAGCAAGAAAACUGUGUAUCAUUUUGUAGGAAAUAUAUAGGAAUUGGACGUUCUGUAAAAGUGAUCAUCAUAGUUGAAAUAAAGAAGUCGACC